AUGGCAUGCAUACUGCCUGCAGACCGCACCAAAUUUUCCUCCUGUCCAUCCCGUGAUCGCUGCGCUGUCUGGGCAAGCGUGAGGGGAUUACACGAGGCUGGUCCAAGGCUUGGUCCCGACGCGCGGACGGGACGUGGCAGAGCACCGCCCAAGCGGACGCCAAGUGCCGAGCUACCAGAGCACCUUCUGAUUCCGUCUUUGCUCCUCACUCUUCAGUCCUCUCGCUCUCACUCUCGCAGUCGCAGUCGCAGCGGCCCCUCCCUCCUCGUCUCCUACUGCCUCUCCCUGUCGCCGGUUCCCGCACGCGCCAUGUCGUACAACAAGUCCCCGUCCAUCACCGCCGAGACCAUAAAUCCCAGGGUCAAGAUCUUCAACUACGCACCUUGCGGGGAGAUCCUCAAGCACGCAGAGCGGUUGGAGCAGGAGAUGGAGGAAAACCCUGGUUCUCUCCCUUUCCAAGAGAUAAUAUACUGCAAUCUUGGGAACCCCCAGGUUCUUGGUCAGCCACCAUUAACUUUCUUCCGUGAGGUUCUUUCCCUGUGUGACAAUCCAACCCUCCUGAAUAAAGAUGAAGCCUGUGCCUUAUUCAGUCCUUGUAGCAUAAGAAGAGCCAGGAGGAUCAUAAAUUCGAUUCCGAGCAAAGACACUGGUGGAUAUACUGAUAGUCGGGGAAUCAAAUCUCUGCGUCAAGUAGUUGCAGACGGGAUUACUGCAAGAGAUGGUUUUCCAUCAAAAGCAGAUGAUAUUUUUCUGACUGAUGGAGCCAGCGCAGCGAUCAAUUUGCUGAUGCAGAUACUCAUCAGGUCUCACGAAGAUGGCAUUUUGAGCCCUCUACCAGAAUACCCCUUAUACUCGGCUUCCAUCAUACUUCAUGGUGGAACGAUGGUGCCGUACAAUCUUACUGAAGAUAAUGGUUGGGGCCUUGAGAUUUUUGAAGUCAAGAGAUGCUUGGAAGAGGCUCGUUCAGCUGGCCUGACUGUUAGAGCUAUGGUGGUAAUAAACCCUGGCAAUCCUACUGGACAGGUGCUGUCCAUCACCAACCAGGAGGAAAUACUGGAAUUUUGUCGGAAGGAAGGUCUAGUUAUGCUUGCUGAUGAGGUAUACCAGGAAAAUAUCUAUGCAGAGAACAAAAAAUUCCAUUCUUUCAAGAAAGUGGCCAGAUCACUUGGUUAUGACGAAAAGGACAUCUCCAUAGUAUCAUUUCAUUCCGUUUCAAUGAGCUAUGGGGAAAGUGGGAGAAGAGGAGGCUACAUGGAGGUGACUGGUUUUGCAGAUGAUGUGAAGGAUCAGAUUUGCAAGGUGGCUUCUUUAACAAUCUGCCCCAACAUAGCUGGCCAAAUUCUUAUCAGCCUUGCAAUGGAUCCACCAAAGCUAGGAGAUGAGUCUUUCGAGUUAUUUGAUGAUGAGAAGGAAAAGAUCCGUUUAUCUUUCAGGAAGCAUGCCAAGACCCUAGAGAAAGCUUUCAGCAGCAUGGAGGGCGUGAGCUGCAACAAUUUAGAGGGUGCACUGUACUUGUUCCCACGGCUCCACCUUCCCUCUGCCGCGAUCAGGGCCGCCGAGUCCAAGGGAGUUUCACCUGACACAUUCUACGCUCACUGCUUGCUUGACGCCACCGGGAUCGCCGUUGUGCCGGGCUCUGGGUUCCACCAGGUUAGUCAGGCUCCUCACGAAUAA